AGGCCACGACAGCCACGACUUCUCCGGCGGCGGCCAGCGCGACCAGCGCCGCGACGGAGGUGACAACGACGCAGGGCUUUCGGAUGCCCAGACUGUCGAGACAUGGACUUGGUUUACUUCACCUCGAGGCCUUGCGCAACGAGGAUCACCAAGACGUGUUCUCCACGAUGCUGGCCUCCUCGGCCGGUCUGCUGGCGGGCCUGGCAGGCUGGGUGAACGUCUUCCUCUGCCGAAGGAUCUCCUUGGACGGCUCCUCCCUGGUGGGACAGUUCCCAUGUUGGACCUCCAGCUUCUUGCCUGUCAUUGACUCACUCCUUUGGACCUCCUUGAGCGCACCGGCGCUGCCAG